UGCUCAUAAUAAGUGCUGACGAGUUUUUUGCCACAGUCAAGUUUUAAACCGAUGUGUAUGAGCACAGGAAGUAUGAUUGGAGUAAUACAAAGUGUAGUUAUUUCAAAAUAUUUAUCUCAUUUUUUCCUUCACCUUGAGCCUAUCCAGUACUAAGGAGAACAGCUGGCUUCUGGGGUUUUGCUCUCUUCGCUUCAAGAGACUAAGGUAGACAUGUUUUGACACAUUUCGGCGCGCACUGCCUGCGCGGAAGACCACUUAUUUUUUAAAGCCCACGCUUGAAAGCUCUUAUAGGAAAUCUUCCUCAUCGGGUGAUUGGUUUACGUGGCGCGAAGUUAAAGAGCACUGAAACAAGCAUAGUUUUUCCUCAAAAGUUCCGAAGUGUUUAUUCUGUUAUAGCAGAGAGCUAUACCGAACAUAGGUCUGCUUAUAUCGUGAUGCAUGUGAUAUAGAAAAAGUUUCAGGUGCACAAAAUUUCUCUCGACAUUUGUCGUAUUAGCAUCCAUCAUAUUUCAGAAAUGGAUAAAUGUAAAAGUACAAACACACAAAAUACCAUUUGUGUCUAUCCUUUGCCGUGCAAGACGAUAUAGGAAAAUUACAUUGCAUGUAGUACGAAUAUCAAACUUCGUAUAUUUUACCAGCUAUAUGUGCGGUUUCAUAGAUUAAACUGUGCUCCGUAUAAUUUCUGUUUCGGCUAGGUCAGAACAGACCGCGCUAAGCGCUAUUGAAACGUGGUGUUGAUCGAUCUUGAAUGGUGCUUUUAGAACGAGCUCGCGGUGUCACAGUCGGUUUAUUCUGAAAUUAUUGGAUACUGCAUAUUAUUGUAGUAAAUUGCAGGUUUACUAUGAAGAACUGCAAUAUACUGCAAUAAAUAGAAAAGAAAAAAAUCGCAUGAGAAGUUAUUUCAAUAGAUGCCGAGACAACUUUUGGACUCAGUCGUGGCACAGAAGAUCUAUUGUAAAAAAGAUCUAAGAUCUAUAUUCCAGCUUUAAUGAUAAGAGUAUUCAUGAACAUGCAAGCUUUCCCUAUUCACUGAAGUGUCAGUAUAUUUGCGCCAACUUGACUGGCCCAAACUGUUCAAGUUCGUUAGGAAUACAAAAUUGUUUAAUCCAUCACUCUUUAAUUUCUCAUCUCUUAUGCUGCACGUUCAAAAUUAUGAUGAAAAUUUAGUCAAUGAAGAGUCAAAGGUCACGCAUAUAAAUUUUAACUUUUUUCCCUUAUGUUCAGGUCUCACUGUGUUUGCCUGUUCACGUAUAACUAAGAUGCGUACAAAUCUUAUUCAGCCUUGAUGCGCUACGAUUUUCAUUUCCAUAAUCAUAAGCUUUAAUCAUUGUCAUUCAAACAGUAAACGUUGCUUUUGCAUUACGUGCAGCUGGAAUAAGUUGUUCUCUAAUUUAAUCUAUCUGUGCUAAAGAUGAGACUAAAUUAGUUGUACAGUAGAAGAUACGUGCUUCGAGAACAUAAAAACUAAUUUUACCGUUGGUCCGGUUAGCAAAUGUUGUAUCGGUAUAUUUAUACGAUUCAAUAUCGAUAAAUAAUACAUACACGAAUUUUCAAAUAGGUCACUUUAGUUGAGUGAUAGAUGUAGAAAACCUCCUUAUUGAGCUCCCACGCGAGUGAGCUUUUACAGGAAGCAUCGUUCAAAACGAAACUUACUUAGAAAAGCCAUAAUUUCAACAAUGAGGUGACUCAACUGCCUUAGAAGUGGUUUUACUGUCCAUAUAAAUGUACUUUCUCAAGGUGAAAGGUGAUUUUUGAAGUGAGUGAUAAUUGUCUCCAAGCUUCUUGUCUUUGUUGGUAUGAAAGUCGAAAGACCAACGUUGUUUCAUUUUGACCGGUGAUCGGCAGUGCUCUCUAAAAAAAAACAAAAGGCCUUUCGUCGAACCCAUUUGCGCUAACGAUUCACAAAACACAAUAUGUAGCCCAGAUUUUUUUGCGGAUGGUUUCUUCUGAGUUUUCAUUUAUUGCAGCAGCACUCAGUUAUUUUGUCUAUUUCAUAUGACACACACUCCCAAGCGUUGUAAUGGUUAACUUGGUAGCUUGAUAAUCCAAAUUCUUCGCGCCUAGGGUGCUUGCAUAAUUGUACACUUUAUAGUUUUUUUAGAAGCAAGGGCUUUCGUUGUCUAAUAGUACUCUUGUUACCCCGUCGGGGGCACUCUGUUGAAUACGAAUUUCCAGUUAUAAUAUGUACGACAUGGAAUCCUAUCUUUAAAUUGAGUACUUCUGGGGGCUUCGUGUAGGUAAUAUUCGAUCUUGGCUUUAUGUCCAGGUUCCAGCGUGUGGUGCUGCAUUAACAUGAUUGGUGGUUAGAUUAAGAAACCAUACGGACAAAUACCAGGCUUCUUCGGCGGACACGCGUUGCUCAUAUUCCUCAGGGAGAUGGGCGGCCAUUCAAGGUGGAGAUGUCGGACCAGGAUCUGGUUGAUCAAAUUCAGGAGUUGGCCCGGGAGAUUGAAAGCAUGGACGAUGUCAGCAGCGUAGCUUCUGAGUCCCAGAGAUUGAGUCCAAGUUCAAAACUUACUGUAUUGUGGGCCAAAAAGCGAUUCCCCAGACAAGGCAUUCGUUCCACCCGAAAGGUGGGACAGCAGCGCAAACUCAGCUUCGGCGCGACCACACGAGUCGAAGUAGGCCAUUUACCGUUGAGGCAAGUUCAAAGCAAUGGUCAAUACCCAGACUCUUGGGAGUGGACACAGAAAGAUCACGACGAAAGUCACCCUCUCGAAGGAUCUUUGAAUAAUUCUCAGCCGAUUUCACAAACACGAUGGCCAUCUUCAGCUGCAUCGCUUAGCGAAGAAUCGGAAUAUUCUAUUGGAACGAUUGCAGCGCCUCUCGAUCAAGAGAGUAUCUCUGAUGCUGAGGAGAAACAACCUGAGGCGAUAAAACUAGUAGUGCCCCAGUCAAUCACGAGUGUUGAUGAGCAUUUGGGCUGCACACCAACGACGGCUCUAGAUGUGCAGUUAUUAAUAAGAAAAGACAUACCAUAUCGUCUCAAAGAGAACGGGGAAACUAUUAUGAACGAGUUGGACAUUCCGGUAGAACAGGCCAUAGAUGCCAUCCAACAAAGGAGCGAAGAAGGUAGGCAAGUUUACAUGACAUCGAGGAGUAGAGGUGAGCCAAAUGUGAAGCAUCCAAAGUUUGUAUCUCCUGAGGUAUCUACUGUGCUAACAAACAAUAAAUACUGGGAUCAUCAGGCGUAUACGAGAAAAGUAGUACCGACCGGUCCGCGGUCGCAAUUAACUGCGGACUCUCGCAAUAAGCUCGCAACAGCUCGAAAAAUCAUGAGCAAGCGAUCUGGCUUGAGCACAAAGAAUAGUGCUACCCUGGUACCAUACAAGUCGCGAAACAGUAAGCACAAGGACAGUGAACAUCCAGCAACAACUUCUCGAAGUAGAAACCGCACGGAGGGAAACAGUCGCAAGAGGAGAAGAAAUGUUGAUGGGUUGUGUCAAAAGUGUAGAAAGCCUCUAGAGAAGAAACUUGCAGUUAAAUGGAGCGAGAAGGAAUGGGACCAUUUCUGGACAAAAGUGUCUUGCGCUGCAUCAGACAUUCGUACACUACGAGAGCAUGGCCUCGACGAUAAUGAGGCAUGUGUAGGUUUCUUGCACAGUUUUAAAGACCUAAUUAACAUGCCAUUUCUAUGAGGCAGCCUAAGAAUGGCAUUGUAUUGAUGUAUGUAUUCAUAGAAAACGAAGGUGUACAUUUACUGUAUGGGAAGUUGUUAAUGGACUAAGAUAUUCAGUCAAUGAGCUCCCCAGCCUCAAGCGUAGAAAAUAUGGCAUUAAAGCAAUUUCGCCGCUAAUUGGGCAUUUAAACAAAUGCUGCAAGUGACUUGUACUUGGCUUUAAAUUUUGUUAUGCUGAAGAUCCUCAUUUCAUAAAUAGAUUGUCUGUUUGACAUUGCUACGUGUCAUUGUUGAGAGUGAAGAAGCUGGGAACUGAAGCAGCUAUGUGUUGUCAUAUCAUGGCAAGUCCGACUAUUUCAUGCAUUCCUUUGCCACGCUAUUUUUUAAGUUCUCAAUUUGACCUUAUGGAGCACUUCAUUGGGGCUAAAUUUUUCCGAUGAUAUCGGUGGUUCGAAACAAAAAAGUAAUUGUUUAUCUCGAGAAAGCAUUUCAGUUAUAGUCUGAAUACACCAAAGAUGGGGGCUGCAGUCAAUCGAUUAUGUACGGGUGCCGGAAUAACUGUAACCAAAAAAAAUAUGCACUGUACAAAGCACGAUAAUUUGCACGGUAUUAUUACCUUAUUAGUACCACAAUUAUUACUAGAGAAAGGUAAUUACAGCGUGCAUACGUUCACCUAAAAGGGAAUGACAUUCCAUGCAGUAACUAGUGGAAAUGUAAAUGAUACAUGAGACCAAUAAGCCAUUUUUAUGGUUUGACUUUUAAGGUAGGAUUACUUUAACGAGCUUGUGGGAGAAAUGAGAUCAACAAACAGUGUUUAUAUUAUCACUUGUUCCUUUGUUACUAAAUUUGGUAAGUAUAUGUUUUGUUUGACUUAUUUAUUUUAGCAAUUAUGAAGCACUUUCAGCAGUUAAGAAAAAUCUAGAUCUACCAUCUAUGGUACCCCAUGUGGUUAUCUUUGUUGGGUGCUGAGAACUGUGCCCGGAAGUUGCAACUGCGCUAGUCCUAACAAUGUCAAUAAAUUUUUCAUUCUCUUGUACAGCGACUAUGUAAUAUGGAAUGUGUAGAAUCGUUCAGAUGUUUAGAUUAGGUGGAAAUGACUCAACGGGCAUCAUAUUGGUAUGUAAAGCUAUUUAAUAGGUGUGUUCUAUUUAAUUCCAGUGAGAGAGCGUCCUACAUUAGUAGCAAACACGCAGAGUCGGAAAAAAAUACUAGCGAAGUAGACUUACGUAUGUGAGUUCAAGGAUCAUGGAGUUAACUAUAUAUUUCUUUUUAUUAUAAUACGAAAUUCUGUAUAAGGAACCUCAUUGUACCCUACAGUGCUUAACAUUCAACCUACUUAAACAAUUGUUAUUUAAGUUAGCAUAUUUGAACCUUACGCGUCAUCAUUAAAGGCAAUGAAACGCUACCGAAAACGUAUAUUCAGUUAUAAAAGCAAUAACAAUUGCUAGAAAUCGGUUAAUUUGACCGGGAAAGGUAUGAAGAGGUAUAUGAGAAUUAUUAGUAGACUUGAUGUUAAUCAACAAGGGCCUCUCUUUCACUGUUUGGACGAAUGGGGUGUACAGUGUAUAUAAUCUAACGAAUAGUCGUUAACAUAGGAUACUGCGUUAUACAUAUCAAACAUUACCAACGUUCCUGACUUAGUGAUCCCACUCCGCGUGAUGUAUCAUUCUGAUGUGAGCAGUCGAUGUAAAUUUUGGAAAACUGUUGGAAACCGGAGAAGACUGACAGGAAAAUUCUGCUUUAUAUCUGUAAAAUAUUUCUACUCGGUAGUAAAUAUAUUUGAAUUUGCUUAAUCGAAACAUAGCAUAGACAGGCCCUUUUCUUCUCAUUCUCCGUAAAGUACAAGGUUAUCCUUUCAUAAGGUAUUCACGAGUGAGGCGAAAGAUAUUCCGUUUGUAAUAUGGACAAUAAUAAUGAGUCGUAUGUGAAGUGCAUAAAGGAAUACAUAAAAUUGUUAGGUACGAUCUUAUUACGUUAGGCAAUAGAAAGUCUAUAAAUGUUAUAGAUGUUAUUGCCAAUGGCUAACUUUUGUUGUCAGAGAUGGAGGAAUACUACAUUUAAAAACUGUUUUAGGGCAAUGCCUUCACAUGAGCAAGAAUGAACGGAAAUGUAGCAAGAGGAGUACCAAGAACAGCAAAGAUGGGGCUACAUUGUCACUUUUCUACUAAUGACGAAGGUGGUAGGUAAAGUCAAGGGUUAAGUGCGUGGGAAAUAUUUGUUCAGGUAUAUGGUGUAAUUAGCUUAUACGUACAGUCUUAAAAACGUGCGCAAGGUCUUAUCAUUCGUUUUCAAUGACUUCUUUGUCACAGAAGAAAGCCCAUCAUACGCAGCAUAUUAAAAAAUAUCUAUCAGGACAGAUACAGCUCAGGAGCUUUGUCAGUCGCCUUCAGCGGAUGUUGUUGUAUACGAACGCACGCUGAGGUAUAAAAAAAUAGCAUGCGUUAAAUAACCUGUUUUGUUUCUCGUUCCAUGUAAAUGCAGUUCGAUCUGAGUUUAUGUUGAGUUGAACGUAAAACUUCGCCUGCUUUUUCAAAUGCCUCCCGAUCGUUUUGAUACUCAUCUGUCUUUAAAUGUUUUCGACUUCUAUAUGUCGGCUCUACUAGCGUUAAGCACUGCUUCAGACUGCUGUAUGUGCACGUCCUGUUUCGAAUCAAGGCGAUCACGUGUGCCUAAGUUAAGAGCACAAACACGUUACCAGUGCACCGUCAAAAGAACAAUCCGUUUCUCUCUUGAAUGCAGUGUACUACUCAAAGCUUCUGGCAGUCUCUGUUGUUUCAUUUAAUUAAAGAAGGCUCCAAAAGUUGGCUUUUCUGGAGAAAAAUGUAUCCUCGCAGUAAAAUGCAUUUGCACACUCUUUCUUUUGAUAUAAAGAGCGAUCUGGGAAGAAAGAUAACAAAUCGAUGUCAAAUAUGUCAUUUAUGAAGACAUCUUUUCACAUUAAGGCACAUAUCUUCAAAGAGGUGGCGGAACCUUUAAAGGUGUUACCGCUAAAACGACGAGAAACCAAGAGGAAAUAUGGGAAUAGUUUCUUUAUAUCUAUUUUUUGUAAAUUACUUUACGCAAAUAAUGCAAAUAUAAAUACAAACUAGGCUAAAGUAAGGAUUCAUUCCUGUGAGUACUUGCUUAGCUAACAAAACUAACGUUUUAGAUUUACUGCAGCAACGUUCUGUUGUUGCGGAAGGACAUUCAGGUUACGACUACGGAUGUUUUUUGGUUGAAUGCAUGAGUUAACGUUCUGAAGCAAUUAGAAUUAUCCCUCUUAUAAAAAUGUUUACAAAACUGUGUUAUUUAGUUACAAUAAUGUAUAUAAUAGUUUGAUGUAAAAAACUAAAAAAGAAUAUUCUUACAUGUUGUGUACUACCUAUGUUGUUGGUUAUACAAUGCAAUAGUGUUGCUAUGUGGCUAAAAUUGCGAAAAAACUCGGCAAAUAAACAAUUGCUUGUUUAUUGUUUU